AUGAAAUUGCAGUUGUUGAUCGACUGCCCGGCAUCCAUAUUGCAGAGCAUGGCUAGCUGCUACGCUCCAUACUUGAGGUUCUACGGGCUAUUGGCCGGCAAAACCUUACCAAGCGCAGCAAGCUGGGCAACCUCUAGGGAACAAAUGUACAAGAAGGAUGGGCGUAAUGCGCUUUUUCCUGUGUGCAGCAACACUUGGACGUUGUCGGACUGCCUACGGCAAUAUAUCCCGCUUUCGAUCGAUUGCUAUGUGGCAAUGGGGCUGAGCGCGGAAGACGCAGCCACUUAUCGGAACGACCUGGGUGCCAUGGAAUUCGAGUGCACCACAGGAAUCGACGCCCUCUAUAACAAUUUUGACUGCUAUCGCGCUGUGUUCGGCCCGUAUCAGGCUCAGCUCCAACAGUGCAGCGCCGAUUACUACAAAAAUGCCAAAUUUGGGCUUUGCAAGGCGAUGAACACCCUUAUGGAUUGCAACUCGGGCAUCUACGGAAAAGCGUGUGGCGCACAGACCAAAGCAAUGGCUUGUGGGAUUGUGAGAGUAUUGAUGAAUCUGGCUGACCGGCAGUGCGAGGCAACUGGGCAGCUGAACAAAUGUCCAGCAUGCAAU